GCAUGCUUACGUCAAACAUUCGAACAAAAAUAAAACAUGUGCGUGUAGUUUGUGGGUUAUGUUAACUCGAAUAUUUUGUUUAUUUCUUAAACUUAAAUAAUAAAAUGCCUUCUUGUAAAGUUCAUAAUAUCGGGUUUUACAAGUUAUAUCCAAAGUCGAUAUCAUGUAUGUCUUAUGAACCAACAAGUAAGAAAAUCGCAGUUUGCAGGGCAGAUGCAACAAUCGAAAUAUGGAAUAUAUCAUAUGCGCCAUUUAUAGAAAAAACUCUGGUAGGAGAUACUGGUGUAGAAAGUGGAAUUGAAUCAUUAGCAUGGUGUGGAAAUCGAUUAUUUAGCGCAGAAAUUCGUGGCACAGUAACAGAACAUGAUUUAUACACAUUACGUCCAAAGUAUAAUGUACCAGUUACAUCUGGUGCAGCAUGGUGUUUAGAUGUAAGCAAAUCAAAAACACAUUUAGCAGUUGGUACAGAAGCGGGAUAUAUAAACAUUUUUACAAUGAAUGAAGGCGAAAUUACAUUCGAAAAACUUUUAGACAAACAAGAAGGUCGAAUACUUUGUCUAAAAUAUGACAGUACUGAUCAACAUAUCGUUACAGGAAGUAUGGAUACAGUACGUAUUUGGAACGUAAAAUCUGGUCAUGCAAUACAUAAGAUGGUGACAGGGCGUGCUCAAAAUAAUCAGGAAACAAUCGUCUGGUGUUUAGCUGUUACAGACGAUUUUACAAUCAUAUCCGGGGAUUCACGUGGGAAAAUUACUUUUUGGGAUGGUAACAUGGGUACAUAUAAUGAAAGUUAUGUAUCACAUCGAGCUGACGUGCUUAGUAUUAUAUUAUCGGACGAUCAAAAAACAAUUUAUUGUGCAGGAGUUGAUCCAAUUAUUAUUAGUUUUGAAAAAGUACAAUUAAAAGCUGGUAAUUUUAAAUGGGUGAAAAGUAUACAACGUAAAAUUCAUGAUCAUGAUGUCAGAACGUUAAUACUUGCGGGUAAUAAAUUAUAUUCAGCUGGUGUUGACGGAUAUUUAGCUAUGAGCUAUUAUCCACCAAAGACUUUGAUAAAAUAUCCUCCAGUUUUACAAAGUCCAAUUGUUUCUAUAUCAAAACAAAACAAGUUACUUUUAUUACGUUAUCAUACAUACUUAGAAAUUUGGAAAUUAGCAACGCCGAACACAACGGAAGAAACGGAUGACAAAUAUACAGGAAUAUUACCACUUAAUGAACGACCUGAAAAAUUAGUCUGUGUAAAAAGUAAAAAUGAUGAAAAUAUCGCCUGUAGUGCAAUUUCCGAUGAUGGCACUUGGUUGAUUUACAGUACAACUAAUAAAUUACGUGUAUAUAAUUUGUCAUUGAAUGACACAAUUGAAAUUCAACGUCUUGAUGAAAUUACAGAAGAUUGUUCUUCAGGUUUUCGAAUUAUAUUCUCACCUUGUAAUAAAAAAGCAUUUUUGGCAUGUUUUAAAGGUGUAAUUCAAGUAAUUGGAUUAUCUCACGAUUUAAAUCGUGCUACUUUACUUCAAACUAUUUCACAUUCUAAAGAAUUAAAAGAUACAAUAAAUAUCUUGGCUUUAUCACCUUGCGGAAAAUAUUUAAUUGCUACCGAUACCCAGGGAGGAAUCGCAAUUUGGAAUGAGGAUAAAAAUAAAGGGAAAGAACAUGCAUUAUGGAAGUUUUAUUGUGUUUUACCUAGAUAUCAUUGUCCAGCAACAGCUUUAUCUUUUCAAAACAAACCCUGUUUAUUAGUAGCUGUUUAUGCCGAUCAUAAGAUAAUUGAGUACAAUGUUCAAAUGCGAAAAUUUACAGAAUUCUCGAGUUUGUUAACAACAAAAAAUACACGUAAGUGGAUUGGUCGGAAUGGUUCGUUACCAAUAUUGGGUGUAACUCAUGAUCCAAGAGCAAAAAAUGUAAUAAUAAUGUAUGAUGAUUCAGCGAUUUAUGUUAUAAAUAAGGCUAAGGAAUUACCAGAAUUAAAAGCAAAGAUUCCACGAAUAGAAUCACCGAUUGGUGAUACUGAGGCCCAUAAUUUUACAAACAAAGAACAUGGAUUUUGUAUUAUCAAAAAAUAUAAGCAUUUAGUAUAUUUCAAUCAUAUGAAUGAAGACGAAUUUAUUGCAGUUGAAGUAAAUCCAUUAUCCUUUAUUGAACAAUUACCGCCAUGUUUAAAAACAAAACAAUACGGUACAAUGUAAAUAAAAUAUUUUUAU